AUGCUUUCCUCCCUCCCAAAAGAUAUCGUAAUCCUCGUCUCCUCCGAAAAUGCCAUAACCGAACGUCGCAUCUCUCCAUCCUGGACCCUCUCCACUCUAAAAUCUAGACUCGAGCCCAUAACCGGAAUCCCACCUUUCGCUCAACAACUAUCAUACCAAUUACACGAUGCUUCCCCUGUUCAACCCAUUAGCACCGAUAACGAAGAUGGAAUCCAUGUUUCGGAUUUGGGAUGGGCUGCUGGUGCUAAACUUAUCGUAUCAGACACCCGCCCCCCAGGCUUACGUGAAAACUACACCGAUACCUCCCAAGUAGAAAAAUAUGAAAUGCCAGAGGAAGACUACGCAAAACUCUCAGACUCAGUUCUCGCCUGGAAGAAACGUAAUCAACUCGGUCGCUUCGAUCCUACUCAAGCUACCACCGCUGAACAGAAACAAACAGAAGAUGAAAAGGAGGUGGAAGAAAGGGGAAUUAAGGUCGGAGCGAGGUGUAUCGUUGGCGAGGUUGAGACUGGUAGGAGAGGUGAGGUCGCUUACGUCGGUUUGGUGGAGAAGAUCCCCCAGGGUGGUAUUUGGGUCGGUGUUAAAUUGGACGAACCUACGGGGAAGAAUGAUGGAAGUAUCGACGGUGUCAGGUUCUUCGAGGCUGGUAGCAAUCGCGGAACGUUCGUGAGGCCUAAUAGAGUCACGGUGGGGGAUUUCCCUCCCAAAUCUUUGGACGACGAGGACCUUUUGGAGGAGAUGUAA